CAGGAGUUUUUUUACUUUCACUUUAGCCAUCUUGGUGUGAGGACACAACUGAUUUCAGCAGGCACAGCUCUACUGUAAUUCACACCUUUUGCACUGUCAAGUUAAUCUUGGUGUAAGGAGACAUUGGAGACAUCAGCAGGUCAACCAGUCUAUGGUGUUUUCAGCAGAGUGACAUCAUGGCCUUUUCAGAAUCUGAGGCACUGUAGGGGUCUGGUGCAGUGUGUCGGGCAGCAGCCAGGAACAAGGCCCUGGCGGACUAACCCCCUGCUUCCAGGACAAGAAAUUGGGACAUGGAAUGUUCCUCUCUGGUGAGAAGGAGCCUGAGUUAGUGUGUGAGGUUGAGAGGCACCGAAUAGAUAUAAUUGGCCUCAACACACAGCUUGGGCUCUGGAACCAGUCUCCUGGAGAAUGGAUGGACUCUGUCUCCAGCUGGAGAUGCCCUUGGUGGGAGGUAGCAGGCCAAGGUGGGUAUCCUAGUAUCCCCUCGGCUUGCUGCCUAUAUGUUGGGGUUUUUUCCCGUGGACAAGAGGGUUUGUUCCCUGCGCCUUCGGGUCGGGGAAUGGGUCCUGACUGUCAUCUGCACAUAUGCACUGAAUGACGAGUACCCAGCCUUCUUGGAGUCCUUGGGUAAGAUGCUCCACCUGGGGACUCUGUUGUCCUACUGGGAGACUUCAAUGGUCAUGUGGGCAACGACAGUGAGACCUGGAGGGGCGUGAUUGGGUAGAGCAGCCUCCCGGAUCUAAAUCCGAGUGGUGUGUUUGUUUUUUUUCUUUCUUUCUUUCUUUUUUAAAAAUAAAAAUAAAAUUAAACAAAAAUUCUUAAAUUCUGUUAAAAUGACAAUCAGUCUAAUGGAAACAGUUUCAUGGAUUCUUAGUUUACAUUUAAAAGCACUUAAUGAAAUGAAUUAAGUCAUUUUCCAGUUGUUCUGCAGGUUGUUCCAAGCACAGGGUGCUAAAUGCACGAAAGCUCUUUUGACAAAUUCAGUUCUGGCAAAUGGAAUAGAAAGCACCAAGUAACCUUCUUGUGGAUGAAGAGGAUAACGACCAGCAUGCUUCAUUGCAAGCUGGGAACAUAUAUAAGAAGGCAGCAAUCCCAGUAUUGCCAUAUAAAUAAAACUGCAUAGUGAGAGUUCCUCCUACUUGCCAAAGCAGGCCAUCCUACCUGAGAGUAGAACUCACAGUGGUGAGUCUGAAAUUUACGGUUAGUGAUGAACAUCAGAUCAACCAGUAUCAACCAUUUGAAGACAUUGAGCAGCAGAAGCAUUCAUAUAUAGAAUAUCCCCAUAAUCCAGCACAGGUAAAAAUGUUGAAGCAACAACUUUGUAUUAAAAGGAAAACCCAUAUAUGUAUACGUGUGAACAAACUCUAUUAUAUUACCCUGAAGAGUGGUUACUGAUGGAAUUGUUUGGGUCCAUUUCCUUGAUUUAGAAAACAACAUUAGCUUUGUUUUGUCUGAAUUGAGAACAAGUUUAAGCUAAAGUAAUGAGUGCUGGACAGCAGAAAAGGUUUUCUGCAAGAAGUCAAUGUCUUGGACAAGAGUUGAACCACAGCUGUAAAUAAAUGUGUCAUCAGCGCAGAAGUGCAAUUUUGCAUCUAGCACAUUUAGACCAAGAUUGUUUAUGUAAAUGAUAAAUAGAAGGGGACCUAAUACAGAACCCUGUGACACUCUGUUUAUUUCUUGGACUUCUGUGCAAAUCCCAUUUUGUCCAUAACGAGUACCAUGUUCGAACACAGGUGUUUCCAUAAGUGCACAUGGCACCAGGAUGCCCUAGGUCACGGGUCGAUGAUGGAUUUUGUAAAUGUAUCACUGGACCUGUGGCCAUAUGUUCUGGACUCUUUGGUAAAGAGUUGGGCUGAGAUAUCAGCUGAUCACAACCUGGUGGUGAGUCGAAUCACACGGACAGACCAAGCACACCUAAAACGACAGUGAAGGUGCGCUGCGAAUGCCUGGCAAAGGCUCCAGUCCAUGAGAUCUUCAACUCACAGCUGUGGCAUGUGGAGCGUCGGAGGCAACAAGUCAGACUCCUAGUGGGAAAUGGCCUCCAGUUUGCCUGUAACAGGCCGUGGCCUAGUGUGAGCAGUGGGGAUGAGAAUCAACAUUUUCCACCAUGUUCCUCAGUCGGAAAAGGAUGGAGUGCCCACUCUGGGUCAUGGAUGAGAUCCUGUCCCAGGUGGUGGAUUUUACGUAUCUUUAAGUCUUUUUCACGAGUGACAGGAGAAGGAAGCGGGAUAUCGAGAGACAGAUUGGUGCUGCAGCUGAAGUGAUAUGGAUGCUGUACCAGUCCAUCGUGUUGUAGAGACAGCUCAGUGUAAAAGGGGGAAAAAAGGAAAAAAGCAAAAAAGAGUUUGCAGCCUUACACCAAAUUGCACAACUGUCGACAAAUGGGGUGUGUCACAUUGAACUGACUGUGCCUGUAUUUUGAAAACUACCCACACCUAACUGUAACUGGGGACUGCAUUUAGUAAAUACAGUCCAUAGUUUCUCACACACACACACACACACACACACACACACACUGCGACAACAUGGUGAGAGAUGGGUGGAUCAGAUGACAGUGAGAUAAUGUUCAAAUAUGAUAGCGGUUGUUAGGUAUAGUAAGAAAUAUUUUAAAGAACAUUUUGUGGUCUAUUUAGUUAUUGAAAACGAUGUAAUGAAAUGUGGUGAAUGGGAGGGUGAUGGAAAUAUGUGUGUUGUCAUUAUGAUAAUUUUUUUCAGCACAUGAACUCAGAAUAAUGCUGUUUGGAAAAAGUGAUGACAAGAAAUCAGCCCUGGAAAACAUCAUCAUUGGAAAGAAAAGAUCCAUUGUGUCUAAAGUCCUUGGAGGAAAGCAAUGUCACGCUGCCUCUGGAGAGUGGAACGGGAAACCGUUAACAGUAGUCAAAACUCCCGACAUCUUCAGUCUGCCUGUGGAAGCGCUGUUUAAAGAGAUGAAGAGCUGUGUGAGUCUCUGUCCUCCUGGACCAAACGUUCUGCUGCUGUUAGUGAAACCUGAUUUCACUGAAGAGGACAGAAAAACUCUGAACUUGGUCCUCAGUGUGUUUGGUCAAGAUGCAUUUAAGCACUCCAUGGUCAUCCUGACACAUAAUGAGAGAAAGAGUAAUUCAGUGGAAAGACUCAUCAAACACUGUGAUCACAGGCAGAGAUAUAUCAGUUUUGACAAAAAAGACAUUUCCAUAUCUUACUUAGAGUUGAUGGAUAGAAUAAAUCAAAUAGUGAGUAAAAACUGGGGAAAAUAUCUCAUGUUAAAAGAAGAGGCUAAACCCAAGACAGUGAAGUCCAGUCUGAACCUGGUUCUGUGUGGGAGGAGAGGAGCAGUGAAGACGUCAGCAGCCAAGGCCAUUUUAGGUCAGACUGAGCUUCAUUCAGUCUCCAACUCAUCAGAGUGUGUUAAACAUCAGGGAGAGGUGUGUGGACGUUGGGUUUCCCUGGUGGAGCUGCCUGCCUUGUAUGGAAAACCUCAGGAGGCAGUGAUGGAGGAAUCAUUCAAGUGUAUCUCCCUCUGUCAGGCAAUCCAUGCCUUCAUCCUGGUCCUACCUGUGGCUCCCCUCACUGAUGAAGACAAGAGAGAGUUGGAGAUCAUCCAGGAAACAUUCAGCUCUCGAGUCAAUGACUUCACCAUGAUUCUGUUCACUGUGGACUCAGAUCCUACAGAUCCAGCUGUUGGUAACUUUUUCAAGGAAAACCAGGACAUCCAGAAGCUCCUUCAGACCUUCAGACAGAGACAUGUGGUUCUCAAUAUCAAGGCUAAACAGCAGAGGGAUAGUUUAGAGACCAUGCUUCAGACUGUGGAUAAAAUGAGCCUGUCUGAAAAGAGCAUGGGCAAACCACACUGUUAUACAGCUAUAAUCUUUCUACAUGCACAAAUGGAGAAAGUCUUACAACAAGAGCAAAUCAUUAAGAUCCAUCAAGAUGAAGCUAGGAAAUUGAAGAUGAACAUGAUCACUGGUGGUGAAGGUGGAGAACAGGACUCAGACUGUCUCAGGAUUGUGCUGAUUGGGAAGACUGGCUGUGGAAAGAGCUCUACAGGAAACACCAUUUUAGGAACAGAUGAGUUUAAAGCUGCAUCAAGUCAAAUAUCAGUUACACAAAAAUGUCAGAAAGUACACGGUGAGGUGGACGGUCGUCCUGUUGUUGUGGUCGACACUCCUGGUCUGUUUGACACAAGUUUGUCCAAUGAAGACAUUCAAGAGGAGAUGGUGAAAUGCAUCAGCCUCCUGGCUCCAGGACCACAUGUCUUCCUGCUGGUGAUACAGGUUGGCAGGUUCACAGAAGAGGAGAAAGAGACACUGAAGCUCAUCAAGCAAUUCUUUGGGAAAGAUUCAGAAAAGUUCACCAUUGUUCUUUUAACCAGAGGAGACGAUCUGGAGCGUCAGGGAGAGUCUAUUGAUGAUUACAUCAAGAACAAAUGUCACAGUUCCUUUCAGAAGCUGAUCUCUGACUGUGGAAGAAGAUACCAUGUGUUCAAUAACUCUGAGAAACAAAACCAAAAACAGGUCACUGAAUUGAUAGCAAAGAUUGACACCAUGGUGAAGGACAAUGGAGGCAUCUACUUCACCAAUCAGAUGCUGCAAGAGGCUGAAACUGCGAUACAGAUGAAAAUGGAGAGCAUCCUAAAGAAGAAGGAAGAAGAGAUUCAGAGAAAAUACAAUGAAGAAAUGGAAGCCAUUAAAGAAACCAUGGAAAAAGAGAGAAAACAAAUGGAACAGGAGAGACAAGAAAAAGCCAAAGAACUCCAGGAAAUGGAGGCGAAAAUUAGGUUCGAACAAGAGAGGAGAAGAAAAGAAGAACAAAUUAGAAAUGAACAAGAAAUCAAUAAGAAAAAGGAAGUAGAAAAACAUCGAGAGAAUUUUAACAAACAGAUUGAAAUUGUGGAUAAACAAAUUCAGUCAGAAAAAGAGGAAAAGAAAAAUGUGGACAGAAAGCUGGAAGAAAGCAGAGAACAGCUGAGAAAACAACAAGAAGAGUGGGAGAAAGAACAGAAAGAGUGGUGGGAGAAACAACGACAAGAAGAAGAGAAGAGACGAGAGGAAGAGCAAAAAAUCAAAGAGCUUGAAGAAAAGUACAAACAAGAAAAGCAAAUAUAUGAAAAUAAACUUAAGGAGGAUCAACUCAGAAGAGAACAGGAGGAAAAAGAGAAGAAAGAACUGGAGGAGAAACAUAAGAAAUCCCUGGAGGAGAUGAAGAAAAAGCAUGAAGAGGACGCCAGAAAGGCAGCUGAAAAUGCCAAUGAAUCCCAAAAGAAACUUGUGGAGGAAUUAGCUUAUCAGAAGAAAGAAUAUCAGAAGGAAAUGAAUGAGUUACUGAAACAUGUCAUCAAAAGGAAUUCCAGUUAUUACAAGAUCAAGAGAUUACUGGAAAAACAGGAAAAUGAAAUGAAGAAAGUGAAGGAUGAGGAUAAAAAAGAGGAACUCCAGGAAACACAUGAAAAAGAAUUAGUUACGCUUAUGCAAGAAAUCUUAUCAGAAGAGAUCAAUGACACAUCAGCCUGCAGCGUUAUGUGAUAAGAAAUGAACAGUCUCAGAUGCUUCAUUUUAUGUCAUUAAAAACAAAACAAAAAGAAAUCAGUACUUCUUAAAAGUUCUGUAUACUUCCCCAUAUUUUGCAGCACAUAGAAAACACUUGACUGGAGAUUCAUUGUUUUCUAAAGCUUAAUACAGGGAUGAGUGGAAGUAAUGGUCUGUUCUUCCCAUUUAAACUUUCUUUUCCAAUAAAUACAUAAAAACAACCUAACAAUAUGAGGGUAUGUUACAGAACUCCAUUUGUUAGCUUACAAAAACACUAAAGACAAGUUAUUAUACAAGCACUUCUUUACAUAAUUAUGUAAUUUAUUUCUGUCACCAAUGCAAUGAACAAUCACAGCAGAUGAGAAGAAUUUAUUAUCUCAACACAAAUCUCUGACGUCAGAUGCAGCCAGGUCACAAAAUGAUCCGAAAAGGGGAAAAAUUGAAUUAUAACAGUAAAAACAGUCAAUAAAAAAAUCACAGUGGAUCGUUAUUUGAUUAUUACAGUAAACAAUGGGGCAGAAAGCUGUAAUACAGUUUUGUGUGAUCAUAAUGAGUUGUUAAGUAACAAUAUGUUCAUUUAUAAUCAUUAUUAUUUUCAUAAAUUUAUGUUUGAUUAGUGAAGAAGGCAAUUUAUCAUAAAUGUAUGAAUAAACAGGUGACAGGAAAACGUCUUUAGUUUUGGUCAUUAGAGACAGUUUGGUUUACUUUCAGUAAAAAAAGAUUUUUAUGACUUGAAUGAAAUUGAAUGUUUAGAUAUAAGUCAUUCUAUUCUCUCUGUGACCUUUAAAUUACAAAUAUUACAGCAUUAACUUAAUUUUUAAUAUAUAUUAAUAUCACUUAAAUCAAUCGCAUAUUGUAAUAAAAAUCCCUUUAAUGCUUUGAUUUUUUUCUUUGAUUAUUGAUUCUACAAUAUGUUUUGUUGUUUCAUAAUGAAUGACAUAACAGAGCCUGAUUUUAAUGAUAUGUCGUUUGCUUGUUUCAUAUGUGUUCUUUGAUUUUACUUCAGUUCUUGUCUGUGGUUCAGUGUGGACUGUUGUUAAACGGUGAAGUCCAAAGUUACUUUUUUCAGUAACUUCAUGUCUUUCUUGAUGUUUCAUCAAAGUAAACAUUGAAUUAAUAUCUCCACCUA